AUGUAUUCUUUUACCCAUCUGCGCGUUUCCCUCCUUCCCAGAACAAUCGAUGGCACGAACGUCGAGGAAGACCACAUCGAGCUGACGCAGGACGGCCGGCCCGUGGAGGCUCCGGUCAGGAAGCCGCCUCUGUGUGACUGCGCCUGCUGCGGGCUGCCCAAGCGCUACAUCAUCGCCAUCAUGAGCGGCCUGGGCUUCUGCAUCUCCUUCGGCAUCAGGUGCAACCUGGGGGUGGCCAUAGUGGAGAUGGUCAAUAACAACACUGUUUACAUCAAUGGCACACCGGUGAUGCAGCCUGCACAAUUUAACUGGGACCCGGAAACUGUUGGCCUGAUUCACGGCUCUUUCUUCUGGGGCUACAUUGUCACCCAGAUCCCAGGAGGUUUCAUCUCCAACAAACUGGCAGCCAACAGGGUGUUCGGAGCUGCUAUUUUCUUGACAUCAAUGCUCAAUAUGUUUAUACCGUCUGCGGCAAGAGUCCACUACGGUUGUGUUAUGUUUGUGAGGAUCCUUCAAGGCCUGGUGGAGGGCGUUACCUACCCAGCAUGCCAUGGGAUGUGGAGCAAAUGGGCGCCACCGUUGGAACGGAGCAGACUGGCCACCACAUCCUUCUGUGGUUCAUAUGCUGGUGCCGUGAUUGCUAUGCCUUUGGCAGGUGUCCUGGUGCAGUACGUUGGGUGGUCAUCUGUUUUCUAUGUAUAUGGAGUGUUCGGGUUAGUGUGGUACAUUUUUUGGCUUUUGCUUGCUUACGAGAGCCCUGCUGUGCAUCCUACGAUCACCGAAGAAGAGAAGACAUACAUCGAAACAACCAUAGGGGAGGGCAUGAACUUACUGAGUGCCACUGAGAAAUUCAAGACCCCCUGGAGAAGGUUCUUCACAUCCAUGCCAGUCUACGCCAUCAUCGUGGCCAACUUCUGUAGGAGCUGGACCUUCUACCUGCUGCUGAUCAGCCAGCCGGCCUAUUUCGAAGAAGUGUUUGGUUUCGCUAUCAGUAAGGUUGGGAUUCUGUCAGCAGUACCUCACAUGGUGAUGACUAUUGUUGUCCCCAUCGGAGGACAGUUAGCAGAUUUCCUGAGGAGUCGGAAGAUCUUGUCCACAACAACAGUCCGAAAAAUCAUGAAUUGUGGCGGCUUUGGAAUGGAGGCCACGCUGCUCCUUGUGGUGGGUUUUUCUCACACAAGAGGAGUAGCCAUCUCCUUCCUGGUUCUGGCAGUGGGGUUCAGUGGAUUUGCAAUUUCUGGAUUUAAUGUAAAUCAUCUGGACAUUGCCCCUCGAUAUGCCAGUAUUCUGAUGGGGAUUUCUAAUGGAGUUGGGACUUUGUCUGGAAUGGUGUGUCCACUCAUUGUAGGGGCCAUGACAAAGCACAAGACUCGAGAGGAGUGGCAGAAUGUGUUUGUGAUUGCCUCCAUGGUGCACUACACCGGCGUGAUCUUCUACGCCAUCUUCGCUUCGGGGGAAAAGCAGGACUGGGCCGAUCCGGAGAGCACCAGCGAGGACAAGUGUGGGUUCAUAGAAGAAGACGAGCUGGCGGAGGAGACUGAGCUUAACAGCGAGAGCUUUGCCUCGAAGAAGAAAACGUCGUAUGGAGCCACAGUCCAGAACCCAGGCAAUCGCAAGAAAGGCUGGAAAUCCAAGAAGGGAGUCACUAUGGACCUGCAGGACAAUGAGCAGGGCUCUUACCACUAUGACAAUGGGAACUUCGAGGAGAUGUCUCAGUGACACUCGAUGGAGUCAGGAGGCAAAACGUCACAGCAUAGACUACCGAAGUUUGACAUUAGUUUUAAUUCGUUACGAAAAAGGCCAUUUUCCAGAGAACACACAGUAACACAAUGCAUUUCCCUGUAAUGUUUUUCCUUCCAGCAUUCUCAAAGGGACCAUAAAUUCACCUCUUGAUCCUACAUACAGAUUAUGCCUUACACAACUUAAAUGUCACGUAUGUGUUCGGUAAAAAUACAAUAGGACCCUACCUGUCUCCCUGCUUGUGAGCAGAUCAGAUUCUUCAGGGGGUUAAACUGUAAUUUCAGGAACAAACCUGACAGACGAUGUGUCAGUGGAUACUACUAGGGAAGCAGGAAGAACUACAAGGGACCUAUAAUGGCACCCAAGGCCUGAUAACGAACAAGAAGACAUAUUUAAAUGUGACAAUGAAUAAUGUGAUAUUGGACUCAAAGUUCAAAGGAGGCCUUUUAGCCAAAACACAAAAUGUUACCUUUGUUUCUUUUUCAAAUAUUUUUGUCUGCACCAUGAUUUUGGCUGGUGCUGUGAUCUCCCCAGUUCAAAGGCAUGUAGUAGUUACUUUAUAUAUUUUAAACGCUAAAAGUUUUUUUUAACUGUUGUAUUCGUGCAAGAGAAGCAAAGUUUGGUGUGAUUGCCAUCAGUGAAACAUACAGAACUGUGGUGGUCUGUCCUGCUCUUGCAAAGACACAGCCCAGAUGGCUUUAAAAGUCACACUACUCUUCAGUUUCUGGAACCAAUACAUUCUGCUCGGUCAGGCAGGAGAUGUGUUCAGUUAUUAUAUUACAUGUGUCCUCUGUUACACACAACUCAAUGAUCAGGUGUGCCCACUUGUGAAAUGUGCUUGAGCAAAUCUGACCAUCCCAGCAUGCAGUGACAUAUAUUGUACUCAAACAGAGCACUGCAGCAACCAUAACUACCGACUGGAUACAUGGACAUUGGGUAAAUUAAGAAGAACUAAAAGUGUACGUGAUUCAAAUGCCUUUUUCAAACAAUAUGCAAUUUCACAUAUUCAGUGAGGGAAAUGUCUUUUCCUUCCUAAGGGUUGGCAGAUCAGAGAAUUAGAGACCUCCUAAUGAGAACCUGCAAAUUUAAUUAGGGAUGUUACAAUAUACCAAUAAUACAGUAUAUUGAAUAUGUUUUUUAUUAUGGGAAACAUAUUUGCUUAUAUGUUAUUGUUGUUGUUCUUUCUUGCUUGGUGAGGUUUUUUUAAACAUGCACUUUAUUAUUAAGAAUCCAGACAUGUAUGUCAUUGUGUUCAAGUGAUCAAAGCAGUCUUUUCUGUGAGCUUUCUUCAUGAAUUAAAGUUUGU